GCAUCUCAUUAGCGGCGCGCGCGGUCGCUAGGUGCCGGCGCGGCAGAACGGAGCAGGUGCCCGAGAUGGCGGGUCGCGCCCAGCACAGCGGCCCCGCGGCCCGCGGCGCCCCGGGGCUCCUCCCGCCGCUGCUCCUGCUGCUGUGCGCCGCCGCCCUCAUCCCCGCAGGUGUCGGUCAGAAUUUGGUGACGGAAGACGUGACGGUGGUGGAGGGAGACGUCGCCACCAUCAGCUGCCGAGUGAAGAACAGCGACGACUCGGUGAUUCAGCUCCUGAACCCCAACAGACAAACGAUUUAUUUCAGAGACUUCAGACCGCUCAAGGACAGCCGCUUCCAGCUGGUGAACUUCUCCAACAGCGAGCUGCGCGUGUCCCUGACCAACGUCUCCAUCUCCGACGAGGGCCGGUACUUCUGCCAGCUCUACACCGACCCGCCGCAGGAGAUCUACACCACCAUCACCGUGCUGGUCCCGCCACGCAACUUGGUCAUUGACAUCCAGAAAGAAAUCGCCGUCGAAGGAGAAGAGAUCGAGCUGAACUGCACCGCCAUGGCCAGCAGACCCGCCACCACCAUCAGGUGGUUCAAAGGCAACAAGGAGCUCACCGGCAAGUCGGAGGUGGAGCAGUGGUCCGACAUGUACACGGUGACCAGCCAGCUGCUGCUCAAGGUGGCCCGCGAGGACGACGGCGUCCCCGUCAUCUGCCUGGUGGAUCACCCCGCCGUCAAGGACUUGCAGACACAGCGCUACCUGGAAGUCAUGUAUAAGCCCCAGGUGCGGGUGUCUCAGAACUACCCGGUGCAAGGCCUGACGCGGGAGGGCGAGCCGCUGGAGCUGACCUGCGCCGCCUUCGGGAAGCCACAGCCUACGGACAUGAGGUGGUUAAGAGUAGAUGAUGAGAUGCCUCAACACGUUGUAGUGUCUGGUUCAAACCUUCUCAUUAGUAACCUAAACAAAACAGAUAAUGGUACAUACCGCUGUGAGGCUUCAAACGCGGUGGGGAAAUCACAUGCGGAUUACAUGCUGUUUGUAUACGAUCCCCCCACAACUAUCCCUCCUCCCACAACAACCACCACCACCACCACCACCAUCCCUACCACCAUCACAGACACAACGGCGACGACAGAACCGGCAGCUCACGGCUUUACUCAGUUGCCCAAUUCCGCAGAGGAGCUGGACGCUGGGGACCGCUCAGGUGCUCCCGUCCUGCUAAACGCUUCAGCGGAGGCUCUGCCCACCGUGCAAUUAAGUAACGCGUCCCUUGCCAUCCCUCCAGAUUCUCGCGCGGGUGAGGAGGGCGCGAUCCGCAGCGUGGACCACGCGGUGGUCGGCGGCGUGGUGGCCGUGGUGGUGUUCGCCAUGCUCUGCCUGCUCAUCAUUCUAGGGCGGUACUUUGCCAGACAUAAAGGCACGUACUUCACCCACGAAGCCAAAGGCGCUGACGACGCGGCCGACGCGGACACAGCCAUCAUCAACGCCGAGGGCGGGCAGAACAACUCGGAGGAGAAGAAGGAAUACUUCAUCUAGAGCAGCCUUGGUCCCCAUGAGGUGUCCAACCGUGGACGGUUACUGCUGGCCCUAUUUAAACGCUACAGAGACAGUGAUAUUGGAGUUGCAACCAGCUUGUGUCUUUUUUUUUAAAGAAAAACAAAAGCGAUGGGUGGAGAUGGUGAGGCCGGGAGGGUCUGGGGUUCGCUGUGUAAAAAUAUUCCUCGUAAGUACACUCUGCUGUUCGACACCUCAGUUCGUUUGGGUUUUCUUUUUUUGGCCAGGUCAGCUUGGAUUUAGUUUAGUGAAGUCAUUGCAGAAGAUUCUGUGCCUUGUUUCAUUUCUGUUUGUCGGGGCCGGGGGAGGCUGGGCAGAGAGGGGUUCUGUGCGCUAGUCCGUGGGGUUUCUGUGGCUCUUCGUUCCGCGCUCCCGUCCGCCGGCCCCCUCGCCGCACGUGGGUUCUGUGGACGCGUUUCUUUCUCUCUUGGCCGGUUCCCGUUCAGACCUCGAGCUCACGGGAGGAGAACCAGCACGUUUUAGAUGCCGUAGUUUGCAGUUCGCUGUGCCCGUCGCGCGUCCCCUCUGUCAGCACCAAGGCCGGGACGCGCCAGCGCCGAGACCCGCGUGCGGCACCGGGACCGGGGCUGGAGCGCGGCACAGGGCCGCGGGCUCGUCCCACAGCAGGACAGGGUGCCGCAGGGUCCCCGGGCCGGUGUCACCUCCUGUGGCCGUAGAGCCCCCUGCCCGGGGGCUGCGGACCCCCGGGUCCAGCCCCGUCCCCAGAGCAGCCGGCCCAGCAGAACUGCCCGUUGGUCCCGCUCGGUGACACGCGGGGCCCGCGGUGCCGCGACAGCGCUGAUUUCAAAGCCAUAGGCGCACAGGGAGCCCCGGCCGGCAGAGCCGCCACGCCGCAGCGAGGAGACGGCAGCUCGGUUAUAUAUGCUGAAUUUUCUUUUGGUGAGUAAUCUUGGAUUUGGAGCGGUACUUUUUUUUACUGUGUUUAUGUGGAAAAUGUAUGCUGAUUUAUUUAAGGGAAGCAUUAAUCUUAGCGUCAGGGUUUGGGGUUUUUUUUUAGGUGUUUCAGGGGGAGCGUUUCCGUACGUUUUUUGGUUUUUUGGUAGUUGUUUUUGGCAGAACCAUCCGGACGCGGGGUCCCUGGGGACCGGGGCGCCAUGGCGGGAGCCGCCCGCGCUCCGGCGCUCUCUGCGUCCCCUUGGCGCGGGCAGGACCGCGCGGAAAUGCCCUUUCCCCGGCUCGGCGGCGCCGCCGGGCCCCAGCGCGGUGAGAGGAGCCGGCGCGGGGGCCCAUCCGGUGCGGGCCGGCGUCCUGCUCUGAGCCCCCCAUCCUUGUUUGGAAGUGUACAGUAGUGCAGUGUUACCGAUGUAACUUUGACUUACGCUGUGGACAUGUCUCAGGUUCAUGUGUUUGAUGGUGUUUUCCGUCUCAGGUAGAUUGCGAAAUUUCGGCCCCACACAUUGGAAAAAAAUAAAAUAAAAUAAAAUAAAAUAAAAACAGGCUAAAAAAACAGGCAAUUCCGAAUUUUAGUUGUAUAUUGGUUUAUGUAUUCUUUCUUCGGUAUACAGUGCACUGUUUGAAAUGUAUUGUUGAGUAUUACUUUGUACAGCUUUAGAUCAUUAGGAUUUUGAAGCGUGAAGAAAGAACAACCUUGUUUAAGGGUGUUGCAGAUGAAGGACGCGGAACUGACGCUAAACAACCUUGUUCUUUAUUCACCCGGCCUUUUGAUUUCUUCCCCUUAGGCCAGUUCUGUUUCAAGGUGUCCAUGGAAGGUGUUACGAUGUGAGAACACACAUAUCCAUCUGUUCCCAUUCACAUUUUGUAUCGGUUCAUGUAUACCAUUUUUACAAAGGAAAAGAAGUACUAUAAAAUAUCUGUCUUCUUAAUAAAAAAACUUAAUGUUCCGAA